UGUAUUGGGUAAUUAAGAUAACCCAGUUGCAUUAUUGAAAUGGCCUUUACCUGUCCAUUGUUCCUAUUGGUUAUAUGUUUGACCUGUUGUGAUUAUACUCUUGGCCUGACACUGCAAACAAAACUAGGCCAGAUCAGAGGUGUAUCGAACACAUUAACAAUGCAAGGCAUCCAGUACAACUACAGUGAGUUCAGGAAAAUACCAUAUGCAAAACCUCCUGUUGGAAAUCUUCGUUUUGAAAAGCCAAUCACGUUUGGACCCUGGAAUGAAAUGCUUGAUGCCACUAAAUUCGGUCCGUCGUGUGUGCAAUAUUCAUAUCCGGAAAUGGCCGCUUACCUACCUAAUGUAAACCAAUCAGAAGAUUGCUUAUUCCUGAAUAUUUACAUUCCAAGUGAUACAUCUAGAUCGAAUAAGAAGUCGGUGAUGAUAUGGAUUCAUGGUGGGGGAUAUGAGUCCGGACAAGGGAUGCUCUAUGAUGGUUCAUAUCUAAGCGCUAUAGGCGAUGUUAUAGUAGUCACUUUAAACUACAGACUCAAUAUUUUUGGAUUUUUAAGCACUAACGAUGCAUUAAUUGCUGGAAAUUACGGAUUAUGGGACCAAAAAUUGGCAAUUCAAUGGGUGAAGGACAAUAUAGAAAGUUUUGGAGGGAAUUCAGAAUCAGUCACCAUUUUUGGUCAAUCAGCUGGGGCAUUUAGUGUCAUGCUACAAUCUAUUCAUUCUGGAAACAAGGGACUAUUUCGACGCGUUAUAGCUCAAAGUGGCACCGCUGAUUCUAUUUUAGCAACUUCUUCUAAAUCUCGUUCACUUACGCAAAAGAUAGCUCUCAGUCUAAACUGUGAUUAUUUAUUAACAAAUGAAACGGUUAAAUGUUUAAAAAGCAAAUCAUCAAAAGAUAUUUAUCAAGUUUAUCUUGAGCAAUCUUCUAACGGUAGUAUUUUAAAGCUAACAAAUAAUUCCAUGGAUAUUCACCUUGACCUCAAUUAUGCACCAGUCGUUGAUGGGCAAUUUCUAAAAGAUUCACCAGUUAAUAUUAUAAAACAUCGGAAUUCGCCUGAAUUCGAUCUAUAUAAAUCGUUAGAUAUAAUUGUAGGAAAUGAAGAAUCAGAAGGCUCGUUUAUUCUAGAUUAUUUAAAGCUCCUUCAAAAGUCUUUACCUUUCAACAUGAAAGACGGAAUAUCAUCAGACUAUUUGUGUAAGCAUAUUGUUCCACCCUUCGUUGAAGAUUACUUUGGGGGUAACCUUGCAUUAGCGUUAUCUAUAUGCAUGAAGUAUUAUAGUAAAGGCACCCUACAAGAACAAGGCCAAAAUGUAGUGAACUUUUAUGGAGACAAUACGAUGUACAUGCCAGCAGUUCAAAGUCUAAACUCACACGCUUUAAGAAACUACAAUUCAAAACAGUUUCAGUUUUUAAAUAAAAGAAGAUCUAUAUUUUCUCCACAACAAGAUUCGUAUCCAUGGUUUAAAGAAGCUGGUCAUGCAGCAGAGUUAUCGUUCUUGUUUCCAUUUGGACAACGAUCGAGUAACACAGAAGACAACGACAAUACUCGGUUUUCAAAAAUGUUAAUGAAAUAUUGGAGUAAUUUUGCAAAAACAGGAGACGUUAAUUCUGCUGGUCUACCAAGAUGGCCGACAUACAACUUGAGAACAAAACAAUAUGCCUUACUUGAUGUAAAUGUUACAACGAAGAUCACUUUACUUUCGUUGCUGUUUUUAAAUUGCACCACUGUAUAUUCGGACACAAACUUCAAACUGUCGACAAAACUAGGGGACAUCAAAGGAGUUCAGUCAGUUUUGACAAUCAACAGUACUUCUUAUCAUUAUAAUAUGUUCAAGAAUAUACCUUAUGCAAAACCGCCUAUUGGUCGAUACAGAUUCCGUAAGCCUGUUUCGUAUGGUCAAUGGAAUGGUACAUUAGAUGCAACGCAGUUUGGACCCUCUUGUAUUCAGACAAAGAAUGCUUUUGUUGACAAAUGGCUGCCAAAUUUAAAUCAAUCAGAAGAUUGUUUACGUCUGAAUAUUUACGUUCCAACAAAUGCGUCUACAGCAAAGAAGAAGAGUGUAAUGGUCUGGAUACAUGGUGGAGGAUACCAGACUGGUCAAGGAAUGCUUUAUAAUGCUUCAUAUAUAUCGGCUGUCGGUAACGUCAUUGUUGUUACUAUCAACUAUAGGCUAGAAGCUUUUGGAUUUUUCAGCACAAAUGAUGAUAUUGCACCUGGAAAUUAUGGACUUUGGGAUCAAAAGAUGGCAAUCGAAUGGGUUAACAAUUAUAUUGAAAGUUUUGGUGGUGAUACCAAAUCAAUCACUUUAUUUGGACAAUCUGCCGGUGGACUUAGCGCAGGCCUUCAGGCUUUCAACGUCAAAAAUAAAGGACUCUUCCAACGCGUCAUAUUACAAAGUGGUGUUGGCAAUAGUAUAUUUUCGACAAAGCCAUUUCCGCGUACAGAAGCUAAAGAGCUAGCAAAACUUGUGAAUUGUUCAACAAAUUUGACCAACGACACCAUGCAAUGUUUACGAAGUAAGUCGGCAAAAAAUAUUCAUGAAGCUUGCGAGAUUAUAUCAAACAAAACACAUAAAUUAAAAAAAUUUCAUAUCGGAAUUCCGUUUGCUCCAGUGGUUGAUAAUAUCUUUCUUGUAGAUAAGCCACAGAAUAUUUUAGAAAACCCAGGACCAGUUCUUGAUUUUUAUAGAUCCCUAGAUAUUUUAAUGGGAAAUAGUGAUUCUGAAGGGUCCUCGCUGAUUCUUAUUUUAGAAGGCAGGAAAGAUAUUAACGUGACUAAUGGAAUCCCGUCUAACUACUUGUGUGAUCACGUUAUACCUCCUUUGUCCACAGAUUACUUUAACAACGUCUCAAGCGUGACACCUUUUAUAUGUAAUGAAUACAGAAGUAAUGGGUCUUUACUCCAACAGAGCAGCAAUAGUGUAAACUUCUAUGGGGACGUUUUCUUUUAUAGUCCAUCUGUGUUCAAUCUUAACAUUCACUCAUCAAACCGAGACUCUCAUCGUUACUUCUACUUGAAUAGACGAAAAUCGGUUGAUAAUUCCCUUGGUACUCCGCCAUGGUUCAACGGCACUGCACAUGGCGACGAGUUAUUUUACUUGUUCCCUAGUCUAAUAUCUAAUCCCAUUAAAGAUGAUAAAUCCUUCAGCAUGUCACUGGUGAAAUAUUGGUCUAACUUUGCCAAGACUGGGGACGUAAAUGGACCAGGAUUACCAUACUGGCCACAGUAUGAUGUCCAGGAUAAACAAUAUGCUGAACUUGAUGUGAAUGUGAAAAUCAAGAGUAACUUGUUCAAAUCACGAGUUGACUUCUGGCUUAAUGAUAUUACCACUUUAUUGAGAAUGCUGAAACAGGACUCAAAUGGGGGCCAACCAUGUUGUCAAGUCAGCUUUGUUAUGAUUGCUUUGGUUUUUAUAUUCACUUUGAUUAUGAUGCGUGUUUUGUUGAUGUUAUCGUUAACAGUAGUGACAGUACUGGGUCAAAGUACACACACUGUUAAUACAAGACUAGGUAAACUAACAGGUGUAUCAUCGUCUGUUAAUGAUGGAAAUACAAGUUAUCAACUGAGAAUAUACAAAAAUAUACCCUAUGCUAAACCUCCAGUUGGUCAGCUUAGAUUUAUGGAGCCUUUGCCUUUCGGGAAAUGGACCGGAACUCUAGAUGCUACACAAUUUGGACCAUCGUGUAUUCAGUUAUCAUCACCGUCAGACGCUAAAUUUCUCCCAAAUUUAAAUCAAUCCGAAGAUUGUUUACAGUUAAAUAUAUACGCACCCGUUAACGCUUCAUCUUCAAAUAAAAAGUCAGUUAUGAUCUGGAUUCACGGUGGAGGUUAUUCGAACGGACAAGCGAUGCUUUUCGAUGCUUCUUAUCUCUCUGCGCUUGGUGAUGUUGUCGUAGUAACAGUUAAUUACCGUUUACAUAUAUUAGGAUUUUUUAGCACAUCUGAUAGUGUGGCACCUGGAAACUAUGGUCUGUGGGAUCAAAAGCUUGCUAUUCAAUGGGUUCAGGAUAAUAUUUUUCAAUACGGAGGAGAUCCGAGUUCUGUUACCAUCUUCGGGGAAUCAGCAGGAGGCUUCAGUGUGGCUCUACAAGCCAUUAGUCCAAAUAAUAGAGGACUAUUUCAAAGAGUUAUUGCUCAAAGUGGUGUUAGCAAUACGUUGUUGGCUACAUCACCAAUUCCUCGACAAUCUGCAAAAGCACUCGCAACUGAUUUGAACUGUUCUGAUGCAUUGACAAUUGACACUAUGUCUUGCCUACGAAAUAAAUCAGCCGAUGAAAUUAGAAAUUCAUUAUUUACCCUCACAAAACAGUUUUAUUUGACACCUGAUAUACAUAUUUACAUCGCUUUUGCUCCUGUUGUUGAUAAUAACUUUCUGAUUGACACACCACAAAAUAUAAUGAGUGGAAAAGGUCCCGGAUUUGAGUUUUACAAAUCAUUAGAUGUAAUUAUAGGAAACUGUGAAUCAGAAGGCUCGUUACUAGUUAGUACCAUGCAUACAAGAAAUUAUGCCAAUUUGACAAAUGGCAUCCCAUCGGAACUUUUGUGUAAAAAUAUAAUACCUACAACGGCAGCUGACUACUACCAGAAUAACACUGACAUUAUUAAACCUAUAUGUGAUCAGUAUAAAGUCAGUGGACUAGCAAAGCAAAGUAUGAAUGCUGUGAACUAUUAUGGAGACAUCUUUAUGUAUAGUCCAGCAGUGCAAAGUCUUCAGGUCCACGCAGCUCAAAGCAAUCGCAAACAUUUUCAAUAUAUUAGCAGACGUUCUUCUUUCUGGUCACUGUCUACUAAGAGAUAUGCUCCAUGGUUUGUAGGGCCAGGUCACGCGUCAGAGAUACCGUUCUUGUUUCCAUUUAAAUCGUUGUCUAAUGCUACUGAAGAUGACAAGAAUUACAGUGUGACUAUGAUGAAGUAUUGGUCUAACUUCGCUAAAACAGGGGAUACAAAUGGCGAUGGAUUGCCUGUAUGGAAGGAGUACGAUCUAGCAACGAGAUCUUAUAUUCUAUUAGAUGUCAAUGUUACAACUCAACAAAACUUAUACAAAGACAGAAUCGACUUCUGGCUGCAAACAAUUCCAAAUAUACUAAAUACAACAAAGACCACAACAUCUGCAGGAACUAUUUCAACAGCGACUAGUUCAGAAGAAGUUUCAACACAACAAAGCACGCGAUCAAUGAAAACAACCCCCAAAAAUCAGGGCAAUGGUGGUCAAAGUUAUAUCCCGCAAAUGUUCUAUUUAGUUAUUGCCCUUUUGUUUGCUUGUUUAGCUUUAUAAUUGACUACUAAGAACAUUACAUUUUGUUCAUAUGUUUUGCAAUUUUUAUAUAAAAAAUCGAUAUUUAACAAACAAACAAAAAACAGAUUUGAACUAGAAAAUUAUAUAACAGAAAAAAAACAAGGAAAAUUCUCAUCGGUAAGUCUUUCAGCAAAUGGUAAAACCCUAAGCUCAAACAUUUCCAACGAAUGAAUAACGACUGUCACAUUCUUGAAUUUGUACAGGAUAAAACCAGGUUUUAAAGUUAGCUAAAACUCUCACUAGCCGUCAGUCUUCUCAGAUUUCUACUUUGUGUCUUUUUGUUUUCGGAAGAUACGAGUACCAUACAACGUUCACUCUGUGUUUGUAAGACGUUUAUCUAUUUGUAUCUAAGACUUUUUUAAUUAAUUUUUAUAGUACUCUGUUGCACCAAUAUCCCAGUUAGGGGAGAAUUGAGCGCUCACACUCUUUAUGUGCCUGCCAAAAGUCAGGAGCCUGUAGUUCAGUGGUUGUCGUUUGUUUAGUUCUGUCAUAUUUGUUUUUCGUAAAUUGUUUACAAAUAAAUUAAGCCGGUAGUUUUCUCAAUUGAUUUGUCUUAAGGUGGUACCAAACACUUUUACUAAAAUUAAUUUUGCUCGGUUAAUUUUCAUAAAAUUUUGACACAGUAUGAACCUUGACCCUUUUACAAAAAUUCAAAAAAAAUGAAAUAAGCGUUUAAUUAGAAAAUUUCACUGGUUAUAUAGCAGUUUGACAAACACUAAUGUUGAUCAUUGAGAAGCUUUGUGUUGCCUUCAAAACACAGCGUUCUUAAAACACUUAGCUGAUAUUACAGAGUUAUUUCCUUCCCUGUAGUGUUAGGUACCACCUUAAUCGGCGUCUUUUAAAGCCUAUAUGUACCAAACGCUAUGGACUUUCUCAUUGUCUAAGGUCGAACGGUUACCUAUAAUUAUGAUUGCUUACAUUCAUUUCAUUUGAACUUUGAUGGAUAGCUGUCUCUUUUGCAAUCAUACAACACCUCCUUCUUUUUAAAUUGUAAUUUUCAUUUAAAACUGUAGCUUUAUAUAGAAAUUUUCACCUAUCAUUGGAUCAUUUAAUGUCUGAUAUUUUUCGUCUCCUUUAAACCUUUUGCGCAAUAAAUUAGAGAACAAGAGUUCGAUCCCAUCUACAAAAAGACAAAACAAAUAUAGGGUUAUGAAUGUGUCUGUCCCAAGUCUGCAAGAGCUGUUAUUCAGUGGUUGUCGUUUGUUUAUGUGUUACAUAUUUGUUUUUCGUUCAUUUUUUGUACAUAGAUUAGAUCGGUAGAUUUCUCGUUUGAAUUGUUUUACAUUGUCAUUUCGGCUAUUUUUUUAGCUGACUAUGCGAUAUAGUAGUCCCAGAAAAAUAGAUAAAGUAGCCUUGCCAAUCGUCAUAAUUAUUUGGACUAAGGCAAUACGUAAUAUCAUGAGUAACUCAGUUGACUGACGAUUUCGGCUUUUCAGUAUUUAGCUUGUGUGUCGAUUUUUUAUUGUUGACACUUUUUGUUGUUUCAAGUUUCUGUUUAUUGUUCAAAAUAAUUUGGUUACCAUGAUUUGCCAGUGAAAGGAGUCUACUUCAUUAAAAGACGUUGUCUGACAGUUUUAACAUAAACAUAGACAGUAAAUUAAUCUCAAAUUUCUGAAAGCAAUACAGGCUAGUUUGUGAGAUUUUUCAAUAUAUAAAAUGGGUUUCAAGAUAAUAGACAAAACAUAGUACGUUUAACCUCCUAUGUGCUAUAUUUAGCCAUUAAGGCCAUGUUCUUUGGCGGUCUGAAUCGUCGGACAUAUUUUUAAUAAGUAGAUAUUUCUAAGAGGAUUGCUAAGGUUAGCUCCAGUUGUCUUUCAGUUACUUUAUAUAUACACAUAUAUAUGUGUACUUUCAUGUCGGUACUGUGGGUCUUAAGUCUUAUCAUAAGAGCUCACAAACAAUCAGAUAUGCAUGUGCAAGUCAAUCUUUUAGCAAGCACCCUUCAAUCUUGUGCUUAUGUUUGGUUACUGUUUGCCUAUAUGUAUAUCAUCAU